AACACGUUCGUAGACUCAAGCAUGUGUUGAGCUGAUGUCUCCACAAACUCGAAGACGUUGAAGAAAGGCGGUGCCAGAGCCUGCUGGAGCAAAAGGGUCCUGGGUCAUAUAUCCUGAUGCACAACAGGGGAACUCCUGUCUGCAGCUCGGUCCCUCCUGGGAGACACUCAGCAGCGCAACAGCGGCAGCAGCAUGGACGGAACCAAAGGAGAGGAGCGCUCAGCCGAACAGGCAGCGUCUUUAUUUGGGACAUCCGAGCUGGAGAACCAGAGGAGCGACUCAGAGCGCAGAAAGAAAAGGAUCUGUAAAAUCAUCUCCGGGAUCCUGCUGCUGUUCCUACUAAUUACCCUUCUGGCUGUUGUGAUUUCUGUGAAACUAGGCGAUAAAGAAAAAGAAACAGACUCAGCGUUUGAAGAAGUACAUCAGCGACAGUGUCCACCUGGUUUUCCAAGGUCUCCUCUCAUCUUGGUGUCCUUGGACGGUUUCCGGGCAAAAUAUCUUAACGAUCACAAAAGCCACCUUCCUGUCCUCAAUAAGCUUCGAAGUGCCGGCACAACAGCGCCAUACAUCAGACCCGUUUAUCCCACAAAGACCUUCCCCAACCACUACAGCAUUGUGACUGGCCUUUACCCAGAGUCUCAUGGAAUCAUAGACAACAAGAUGUACGACGUGACCCAAAAUGCCUUCUUCAGCUUGAAAACUAAUGAGAAGUUCAACCCACGGUGGUAUCACGGUGAACCAGUCUGGCUUACCGCCAUGCGUCAGAAACUCAGAACAGCCACUUUCUUCUGGCCAGGUUCUGACGUGCCCAUCAAUGGAACCUUCCCAGAUUUCUACAAGCAGUAUGACAGCCAGAUCCCAUUUGAGCAAAGAUUGGCAACAUUGUUCGGGUGGCUCAGUUUGCCAAAGGAGCAAAGAGCGGAUUUUUACACCUUGUAUCUGGAUGAACCUGACACUGCAGGACAUAAAUAUGGUCCAGAAAGUCAGCAGGUGAUUUCAGCUUUGGAGAAGGUUGACAAGUUACUGGGGAUGCUCAUGAACGGCCUUAAAGAAAGACGCCUCCAUCGGUGCGCCAAUGUGAUAAUCAUGUCCGAUCACGGCAUGGAGGAGGCGUCCUGUGACAGGGCGACGUUUGUGACAAACUACCAACAACACACGUCUGAUUUUAUCAUCAUCCAAGGCCCGGCCGCUCGCAUCAGACCCAAGCGUCUUCCUGAUGAUUAUUUCUCCUUCGACUACGAAGGCCUGGUGAAGAACUUGUCGUGCAGGACCCCCGAGCAGCCCAUGAGGCCGUACCUGAAAGAAAACCUCCCCAAAAGGAUGCACUUCGCCAACAACCAACGCAUCGAGAGAGGUCACCUCUACAUGAAGUCAGGCUGGCAGGCGGCGCUAAACCAACAGGAAGUGAAGUACUGUACUGGCGGUUUCCACGGUUCCGAUAACGUCUUCGACAACAUGCAGGCGAUUUUCAUCGGCUACGGUCCAGCGUUUAAAACCAACACAGUCGUAGCUCCUUUUGAGAAUAUAGAAAUCUAUAAUCUCAUGUGUGAUCUUCUGGAAAUUAGCCCCGCUUCAAACAACGGGACCCAUGGCAGUCUGAACCAUCUCCUGAAGGAUCCUUACUACAAACCGGUGCACCGAGCGCCGCUGUCCCUCGACACCCCCUGUGAGACCUCUGACCCCAACCCCGCCCCGACAUCCCUCCUGCAGUGCCGCUGUGCAUCUCAGACCGUCGAAAUGGAGAAACAAAUGAACACCGUUCUACUUGCUAUUAAUGAUGAAACCAAAGCUUCCUUGCGCCGCCUCCACCACCCUUUCGGCACUCCUCAAAUCAUCCAGCCAGACGCCAGCUUUUGUCUUCUGUACCAAUCAGAUUACCUCACCGGAUACAGCCGAGACAUCAUCAUGCCGCUCUGGGUGUCGUACGUCAUCCAGCCUCUGGUCCAUGUCAGAGCGCCGAGUCCAGAGGAGUGUGUUCGUGCUGACGUUCGUGUCCCGCCCUCAGCCGGUCAGCUGUGUUCUCGCUUCAAAAACCACCCCAGACUGACCUUUGGCCUUCUGCACCCUCCCUAUCUGAACAGCAGCGCUCCAGAGACGGACUCCCUCAUCAACAGCAACAUGGUGCCGAUGUUCCCAGCCUUUAAAAAUGUUUGGACCUAUUUCCAUAAUUCUUUGCUCGUGAAAUAUUCACAAAUCCUAAAUGGGAUUAAUAUCAUCAGUGGGCCGAUUUUUGAUAAAAAUUUUGACGGGCACGCUGAUAAAUUUAACAAAAUUUUAGGGAAUGAAGCGGAUGUCCCGACACAUUUCUUUCUGAUCCUGACCUCCUGCCGCAACUCCACCUUUAGUCCUGUGGAGUGUAAAGGUCCACUCCAGGUGUCGGCCUACAUCCUGCCUCACAGACCGGACUACUCAGAGGUCUGCACGGAGGGGUCAGAUUACUCGUUUGUGGAGAAGUGGAUGAGUUUCCACACGGCUCGAGUCCGGGACAUCGAGCUCCUAACUGGGCUCAGCUUCUACCACGACAGGUUAUCGGUGGAAGAGACGCUUCAGCUAAAGACAUUUCUGCACACCUAGGACCAUUUCUGAAAGCACGGACAAAUUCCUUGUUUAAAAUCGAUUUUUCAUCAUCAGAAAGCUUUAAGACAGUUUGUCACUGAGAAAAAGCUUCUGUUUCCAGUUCAAACUAAACAUCCAUCCAUUGGUUUUAGAUUUAUUUGGUCAGAAUUGCAAAAACAUUAUUUAUAUUGUGCAAAAUCUGUGAACAGGUUUUUAAAACUGACUCAUCUAAUUUUUUGAAGGAUCUCUAAUAAUUUUCUCAGAAACAAGUGGGAAAUAAAAGAAAAGGGAAAGUAUUUAUUGAUUAAACAGAAAAUUUUUUACUACAGACUGAUUUUAUUGGAUUGGACACAUCAAGGACACCAAAGAAGUAAAAACGUUUCCUUCAGCUGAAGAAAAAACAAUCCAAGUUUAAUUCCUGCCAAAUGUUUUUUAUGUUUUUCCACGUAUUUUGUAGCUUUUUUCAUUUUUAAAGUGAAUAUGCAGUUUUUAGUUUGUGUAUGUGUGUACAGUAUGAUGUUACCUUUAUGUUCAGUGUGAAAAUAAAAACACAGGUGGUUUUGUUUCUCUUUUAAA